CUUAAAUUUUUUAAAGACUUUUAAAAAUCCAGAUUAAAUACAUUCAGAUUUUUAAAAUCUAAAAAAAUCCAACAACACUCCAAUUCAAUACACUCUCUAACAAUGGCACUAGAACCGUGCCAUUUACUUGAUGCGUAUAUGAGGGGACGCACUGCGCCUUGAGGAGAAAUGUUAGCUGUUUUGGGGGUUUCCUCUUCUGGAUGUGCCUCUAUAAAUAGAGCUGCGGUUCUCAAUCUCACUGGACUUCUCAAGCCAUUCCACUCUCGAAGGCUAGCAGUUAGAGCUCUCUCUUCAAUGUCGUACAACGCACAACUCGACGCCGCGAAGAAGGCUGCGACGCUUGCGGCUCGUCUCUGCCAGAAAGUUCAGAAGAAGCUGGUGCAAACCGAUGUGCAGUCGAAGUCAGAUCAGAGUCCGGUGACUGUGGCAGAUUAUGGUUCUCAGGCAGUGAUCAGUGUUAUUUUGCAAAAGGAGUUGCCUUCUUAUUCCUUUUCCUUAGUGGCUGAGGAGGAUUCGGAAGACCUCCGCAAAGAGCAUUCACAAGAAACACUACAACGCAUUACAGAGAUUGUGAAUGAUACUCUUGCUUGUGCUGACUCUGGAAUUACUUCUGCCUUAUCUCAAGAAGAUGUGCUUGCUGCAAUUGAUAGUGGUAGAUCUGAUGGUGGCCCUUCUGGUUUUCAUUGGGUAUUAGAUCCCAUUGAUGGGACUAAGGGGUUUUUAAGAGGUGAUCAGUAUGCCAUUGCAUUGGGAUUGCUAGAUGAAGGUAAUGUAGUUUUGGGUGUUCUAGCCUGCCCCAAUCUUCCAUUAGCUUCUGUAGCAUACCAUGAUCAUGAAGGGGACAGUGGUUGCUUAUUUUUCGCUCAAGUUGGAGGUGGAACCUACAUGCAAAGUCUAGAAGGAUCUUCUCCUAAAAAGGUGCAUGUCACAGAUAUUGAAAACCCAGAAGAGGCAUCAAUUUUUGAAGCUUUUGAAGCAGCACAUUCAAUGCAUGACUUGUCUAGCUUGAUUGCAAAGAAACUAGGCGUGAAAGCAUCACCUGUUCGAAUAGAUAGUCAGGCCAAGUAUGCUGCAUUGUCCAGAGGAGAUGGAGCAAUAUAUAUGAGAUUUCCACAUAAGGGCUACCGUGAGAAGAUAUGGGAUCAUGCAGCUGGAUAUCUUGUUGUUUCUGAAGCUGGAGGUAUUGUGAGAGAUGCUGCAGGAAAGCCAUUAGACUUCUCUAGGGGAAGGUAUCUGGACUCGGACACCGGCAUCAUUGUUACCAAUCAGAAGUUGAUGCCCGCCCUACUAAAGGCCGUUAGCGAAUCAUUGGCUGAAAAAGCUUCUUCUCUAUGAUCAUAAGUGACCGGCGGGUCGUCCCGAUACCCAACGUUGACGAACAAUUAAUAAUAUGCACUCCAUAAGCUAGCUAUUUGCAAUUUAAGUGGAUACAUUGAGUUUGAUUUGGUUUGGCUAUAUAUAUAGUGUUAAGUUCACUCUCAACUUCGAAUAAUCAAACAUCACCACUCUGUUAUACUGUACUUUUUUGGAUAGUGGUACCAGAGUGCUAUGACAUUUUGUAUUG